CUUAUGGAAUUAAGUAUCGAGUAUUUUCGUCAAACAUCAGAUUGAAAACUCUUCUUGUACUUUUAGAUAUAAUUAAUUAUAGUUAUGCUUAAAUACGUAUAUAGGUUUAUAAUUUUAAAUUGCAUGCUUGACUUUGUAGUUAUUACAAAACUAUAAGCGUAUACUUAUGGAUUUCGAAAUUAAUUUCAGAAAUUCUAAUAUGACAAUUUAAGACUUCACGUGGCCGAGGCCGAGUAUAUCGUGUCCGCGGCAAUAUAUGUUUACAAUAUUUACGCCAUAUGAGGUCAAACUGAACCGACCGGAUGAAAUCCAUUCACAUGGACCAUAUAACUUGUCACUGCAGUUAUAUAUUUUAAAUUCUGGUCUAUAUGCGUUUUAUUUAUUGUUCAUCUCUAUGCAUCUGAAUUUUUUAAUGGUCGAGUUUCAACUGAGGCAUGACAUAAAGUUAAGUGGGAAAACAUUACUGGAAUCAAAGAUAAAAAUGUCAUAAACUAUAGAGUUAGUGGUUGUGUUAUGUACCUAUAAAUUACCAAAAACAAAAUUCAAAGUUAUCCAAAACAGUUACAUGAAAGGAUAAAAUAAACAUGAACACAUCCACUUGGCUUGUAAGUAUACAUGGAAAGUGACAAGUAGAUAGAUAUGAAUAUGAUAGCUUUCCGUAAUCAAUAAAUAUAUUAUCAUUCUGUGAUGAUACAUGAAUAUAUAUUGCUGAUAGAAAUUCAAGAAAGAAAAUCGGAAAGUAGAAUAUGAUGGAAAUUCAAGAAAGAAAAUGGAAAGUAGAAUAUUUCACUUUUGAUAGUUGUCAACAAAAGGAAAUUUUCAUUUGACAAAAAAAAAAACAAUGUUGGUUGAUAUAUUUUUAUUCAACAUAACCAAAAAGGCAAAGGGGAUUAAAAAAAAAAAAACAUACACAUUUCGCAAAUUUUAGUUUUAAUUUUACGAAUAAAAAAACUGUUUUAUAAAAAAGAAAGGGUUUAUUCGUCGGGCAAAGGUCAUGUGUCAAUGUUACGCACAGAACAAAUAUAAAACACUCAUCAUUUCCUCUCUCUCUUCUUUAACCUCUUUCUUUCUUCUUCUUCUUCUUCUUCUUUAGGGAGGGAUGCUUCCCCGACUUUCCCAUGAAACUCUUUUUUUUUUCUUCAAUUUCCCCGGAAAAUCAGGAACUCUAGAAAUCUGAGCCGAUUUUCACUUUUAUUUUCUUUUGUUUAGUUGUAAUCUUGUUAGAAAAGCAACCCGCAACUCUAGAGCUAUAGCUGGUUAGAAGAGAUUCGAUUAAGAUUCGCUGGUUUUGUUUAGCGGUCUUUCAUCUGAUUUGUAAAGCCUUUUGUAUUAUUGUGUGUUGAUCAUGGAGAGAUCUGAUUCUAGAUAUCUUUACCACAACUUAGCUCGAGCUUCUUCAUCUAGUAAUAAUAAUAGUACACUCUUUGACGCAUCUCAAUAUGAGUUCUUUGGUCAAAGUCUUGAAGAAGUUGAAUUGGGAGGUCUUUAUGAUGAUGCCGAUUCUGUUCUCGGACAUGCCGAUGACGGUGAUGGGUAUCACUUGUUUGAUAAAAGAGAGGGUGCAGGUUUGGGAUCAUUGUCUGAAAUGGAUGAUCUUGCCACAACUUUUGCUAAGCUAAACAGAGUUGUUUCCGGGCCCAAACACCCUGGAGUAAUUGGGGACAGAGGAUCAGGUUCCUUUUCAAGGGAAAGUUCUUCUGCAACAGAUUGGACACAGGAUAAUGAGUUCACAAGCUGGUUGGACCAGCAAACGCUUGAAGAGCAAGCACACGAACCUAGCUGGUCUUCACAGCCACAACAACCAUCAGCUAACCCAAACUCUUUGCACAGAACAUCCUCAUAUCCUCAGCAGCAAGCACAACUGCAGCAUUACAAUAGCGAACCGAUCAUUGUACAAGAGUCUACCUUCACCUCUUUUCCUACGCCUGGAAACAGAUCUCAAAUAUCUUCACCGAGCCAUAUCCAUCGCGCUCCUUCUCUCCCUGGUAGCAGCCAGCUGAACCUCCCUGCACCAAACUCUGCUUUCCAUCUCUCAGGAUUGUCACACGGACCACCACACUACAACAGUAACUUGGCCAGGUAUGCCUCAUGUGGUCCUACUCUUGGCAACACGGUGCAACCUCCUCACUGGGUUACUGACCCUGGCCUUCUUCUGCACGGUGAUCGCUCCGGGUUGUUACACAGUCUAGUUCAACAGCAACAACAGCAGCAGCAGCUGCUGCAGCUUCUUCCUCGUAACGGUUUUACAUCACAGCAGCUGAUCUCGCUUCAGCAGAGACAAUCUCUAGCUCAUCCCGCCGCGUUACAGUCCCAGCUCUACAGCUCAUGCCCUUCCCCAUCGCGUCAAGAAGUAAGGGAACACAAACACAAGCCGUCUCACAGGAGCCGCAAGAACAGAAGUGGAGGAGGCCUCUCCCAACAGGCAUCUCUCUCCAGCCAGAAAAGCGAAACCGGACUUCAGUUCAGAUCAAAGUACAUGACGUCAGAAGAGAUUGAGAGUAUCCUCAAGAUGCAGCAUUCCAACUCACACAGCAGUGACCCUUACGUCAACGAUUAUUACCACCAAGCUCGGCUAACCAAAAAGUCCUCCGGAUCUAGAGUAAAGACUCAGUUCUGUCCUUCUCAUCUAAAAGACCACCAAUCUCGGUCGUCCCGUAAUAGUAGCAGCUCAGAUCAGCAACAACCGCAAGUCCACGUGGAUGCUCUCGGAAAGAUCACUCUUCCUCACGUUUGCAGACCACGCGCUUUACUAGAGGUUGAAUCUCCUCCUGGCUCUCGUCAUCAUCUGGAGCAGGAGCCUCUUGUUGCAGCUAGAGUAACAAUCGAAGAUGCUUUUGGAGUUCUGAUCGAUAUAGUUGACCUUGAUAGGACUCUCCAGUGCAACCGUCCGCAAGACGGUGGCUCUCAGCUCGUGAGAAAGCGUCAGCUUCUCCUAGAAGGCUUAGCGACUUCUCUCCAGCUCGUUGAUCCCUUCAGCAAAACCGGUCAGAAAACCAAAGACGACAUCGUGUUUUUACGCAUAGCGACUCUUCCCAAGGGGAAGAAACUGCUCACAAAGUAUAUUCAGCUUCUUGUCCCCGGCACUGAGAUCGCUAGGGUUGUCUGCAUGGCUGUGUUUCGCCACCUCAGGUUUUUAUUCGGUGCCGCUGCAUCAGAGACGGUAGCUAACCUUGCUAACGCGGUUACUGUCUGUGUCCAAGCGAUGGAUCUCCGAGCAUUGAGUGGUUGUCUUGCGGCUGUUGUCUGUUCCUCAGAGCAGCCGCCUCUCCGUCCGAUAGGAAGUCCCUCUGGGGAUGGAGCGUCUGUUGUGUUGGUGUCUCUUCUCGAGAGAGCUGCUCAAGUAGUGAAAAACUCGAAUGAUGGACUGUGGAGAGCCUCGUUUGAUGAGUUUUUCUCGCUUCUUACCAAAUAUUGUAGGAGCAAGUAUGAGACGAUACAUGGUCAGGAGAAUGCAGCAGCUCAUGUGUUGGAGGUAGCUAUAAAGAGGGAGAUGCCUGCUGAGCUUUUGCGUGCGAGCCUACGUCAUACGAGUGAAGACCAGCGGAACUUUUUGCUGAACUUUGGUCGGAAAGGUUCUUCACCACCACCUGUGAGCGAGUUGAAAACCGGUGCAAGGGGUGGCCAGGUUAGCUCUGAGUCUGUCAUGGCUUAACUUUAACCAUACAUCAUACGAAAGAAACUGUGAGAACAUGGGCUGGGUGUAGGAAUCUUUCACAGGGUUCAGGUGAUAAAUGUUGUUUUCUUUUUUUUUUUUAGAUUGUGCGUGUUUAGAUCUCUUUGAACUUGUUAUGGUUACGUAUGAAAGGAUGGGGAAAGAAACAUUGAAAGUGGGAGUUGGUAAAACCUAAGUGAAAUCCCGGGAGAGCUGUGUUUUUUGGUGCUCUGGUGAUGGAGACUUGGGGGUUUUAGGUGUUUGGAAAGGAGGCUAGGUGUUUGUGACUGUACAGACUGAUGGUGAAUAGUGAUGGAGGCAAGAAGAUGAUGAAUCUGGUGAUGGUUUGAUGUGUGCGGGAGCUAAGAGGUCUUUUGUUGUCUUAGCAUCUUGUGGGUCUGUCUGUGUUGAAGUAUGUGCAUUGUGUAACAGUAAGGAACGCAUUGUCUUUUUUUCUUUCUAAAAUGUUGUUUCUGUUGAACUAUGUCUCGAAACUCCGGUUCGUACGUCGUAUGUAUCUGGAUAGAGGCCAAGUCGAAAUGUAUUAUGUUUUCGUAAGAAGUUGGGAACUAUGAAAUGUUUUUUUUU